AGCCAUAUUUUCCAAGCACGUUUAGCCACCUUUUGUCGAGUCCUCUACCCAGUGUUGGUGCAUCAUGGGUCUCCGGGUCAUGAAGGUACCCAACUUGUUGAUUCUUCUGCUGGCCUGUGGGGUCGGUUACAUCGGCAUGCAACGCGAAGACGCUUGGUACCGACUAACGACCACUCUGGCGGCGGUGAUCUCUUUGGCGCAGAUGCCGGAGGAGAAGCUGAACCGCUUCCUGUGGUCGUACAGUAUGUUCCAGAAGGACCAGUUCACCGGUGAAGCGGGUGAAGUGGAUUUGCUCACGGAUUAUUACAGUGUGCUGAACCACCUCUGUGCCAUCGGCAACUUUGAGAAGAUGUACCUUCCCCCUUACCUGGAUGAGACGAAGGAUGUGUACAGCAAUCAGAAGCUCUAUGAGAAAAAGAUGGCAGAUUUCCUUCAGUUGGGUCCUGGCACCAAAGCCGUGGACAUCGGUUGUGGCCGAGGACGCAUCGCACAUCACGUGGCGUCCUACACUGGCGCGCACGUGACCGGGCUCAACAUCGACAAGGAGCAACUGCGGCAGGCGGUGGAGUACGCGGAGCAGACCGGGCUCUCCGGAUCCCAGUUGGACUUCAAGCAUGCGAACUAUAACGACCCGUUGCCCUUCGAAGACAACAGCCUGGACGCGGCUUACUAUGUCCAGGUCUUGAGCUACAGCACCAACCUUGAGGCCUUCUUCAAGGAGGUGUAUCGAGUGGUGAAGCCUGGUGGGAGGGUGGCCUUCGAGGACUAUGUCCUUGGCACAAACUACAGCGCCAGCAACCCGUAUCAUGUGGAGCUGAAGAACCUCUACAAGCCAGUGCUCGGAGGUGUUGAGACCAGCCUGCCGGAGGCUUUCAAGGCUGCAGUGGAAGCCGCUGGCUUUCAGGUGCUCUACCACAAGGAUGACAGCAUCAAUGGCCGACAAGCGCCGCUGCUGCGACAAGAGAAGGACUUCUGGCUGCCACUGACCUCCAUCGUGGGCUUUUUGCACUCGAUGGGCUUGGUUCCAGAGGUCUACUUCAAGGUGAUGCAGCGCAUGACCGCCGGCACCGAUGCCUUGAUUGAGUCGGACGAGCUCGGCAUCGUCUCCUGCGGCUAUGUGACCUUUGCUGUGAAGCCCACAGAGCAAUGAACGUCGCUCCCGAGGACACGUGGAGGAGCAGCGCCUGACCGAGCACCGGGUGCCGCGGUAGAGGCUGGCAAUAGUACAGGAUUAUCAUGAUGAGUACGCAUUUUGCGCCAACAUGGCAACGAGACCCAAGACUCCAAUUGUUC